AUGUCUGAGGUGGUAGCGAACGGGAGCCACGCAGCAAGCCCACAGGAUUGCGAGGGUGGCUCCAGAAGGAGGAGCUGGGGGCUGUUGGUCACUGCUGGUGUUGGUGGGACCUUGGUGGCACUCUAUGCUGUGGUGACCCCCUUCGUGACCCCGGCUCUCAGGAAAGUGUGCCUGCCCUUCGUUCCUGCAACUUCCACUCAGAUCCAGAAUGUGCUGAAAAUGUUAGAAAACAGAAGUGGCUCCCUAGUUGACAUUGGUAGCGGGGAUGGCCGUAUUGUAAGUUAUCGACAUCGCCUUCCUUUUAUGUCGCCUCUCAAAAAUGUGCCAAAUGCUCUUGCCGUGGCUGCUGUUGUCUUCUCGUAUUUAUGA